GUGAUUGGUUAGGGCUGUGGUAACCUGAAACAAACCACACCAGUUCAAUAAUGUCGGUAUUACAUUUCUCUCAGUCAUGCAUGUAUUUUUACUGCUUCAGUUUUGUAUGUUGACUUGAAUAGGCGCAAUAGCACCCGUGUUCGUGUCUGACUUGUGGCAGUCGCCAUCAUCGCUAUGAUACCUGAUAGUUACGGCGAAAUCUCGUAGCUAACCGAUUGCUGGCUAGCUUAGCUAACGUUAGCUUGUUAUCUGGAUGUAAACAAAGCUAGUUAGUUACCGUUAAUUGAGUUGACAUACAACGUCCAGGUACUUCUGAACAUAAGAUAGCUAGCUUAGCUAAAAUAUAAAAAUUUCAGGCAGUCAACCGCAUUUGUGUAGCGAGCGUACUGUAGCUAAUUUGGGUUGCAGCCUCUGUGAGAAUAAGCUAACGGUAACAAGCUAGCUACUGUAGUUAGCUAUCGAACAGCUGUCAAAAUGGAUAAAGCGGAAUCAGAUCGGUUGAUAGAGAAAGCAAAGUUGUGCUUGCGGUCAGGGCGGAGAGAAAAGGCCGUUCAACUGUUGUAUGAAGCCCAGAAAAUAUUUCCCAGUACUCGGGCCAGAGUGCUGAUUGAUGCCAUAGUGAGGAAUGGGAGCUCUGCUGCUCCAGAGGAGCCCCACAUACCCCCACCGCGUGGCUUUCGAUCCAAUGAAGAGGACGGGGAUCGAGAGGAAGCGCGCAAAGGGGCCAACGAGGAGAAGAAGACCUACACAGAGGAUCAGCGUCAGGGUGUUCUCAGGAUAAAGAAAUGCAAGGACUUCUAUGAGAUCCUGGGUGUUCCUAAAGACUCUAGCGAUGAAGAUCUGAAGAAGGCAUACAGGAAGCUGGCACUGAAGUUCCACCCUGACAAGAACUGUGCCCCGGGAGCCACCGAUGCAUUUAAAGCCAUAGGCAAUGCGUAUGCAGUGCUGAGCAAUGCUGAGCAGCGUCAGAAGUAUGACCAGUACGGAGAGCAGGCUCCCUCUGAGAGCACCACCCACCCCUCAGCCCAAGCUCGCCACGGACACUACCGCAACUUCAACAGGGACUUUGAGGCCGACAUCUCCCCUGAAGAGCUUUUCAAUAUCUUCUUCGGAGGAAGAUUUCCCACAGGCAACAUCCAUGUGUACACAAACAGAGGCGCCACCUACUCUAACUUCUACCAGCCUCGUCGGCGACGUGCAUAUGAGAGGCGCGAUGAGGAAGUGGAGGAGAACCGCAGUCCGCAGAACACCUUCACGGCCUUCCUGCAGCUUCUUCCUGUGCUGGUGCUGAUCCUCAUAUCUGUUGUGACCCAACUGAUGGCCAACAACCCUCCCUACAGUCUCUUCUACAAACCGGCCAUGGGCCUGGUGGUCUCCCGGGAGACCCAGAAUAUGGGUGUGCCCUACUACGUGGACAAGGGCUUCCAGAAGGAGUACAGUGGGGAGUCCCUGGAGGAGCUGGAGAAGACCAUAGAGAGUGACUACAUUGAACACCUGCAGAGCAGCUGCUGGAAGGAGAAACAGCAGAAGUCGGACUUGGCGAACCUUGCCCAACUGUAUCGUGAUGACAGGCUGAAGGCGAAGGCUGAGUCUCUGAAGCUGGACAACUGUGACAAGCUGUACCGCUUUGUGGGCCGACAGAGAGGAGAAUGAGGGGCUUAGACAGGAGGAGAGGGAGGCAUCUCUUUGCAGCUGGGAAUUCGACACUACUCGUUUAAUUUAUUUUAUUUUAUUUAUUCAAAUCGGGUCACU